AUGUCAUCUGUCCUAGAAACUAAGCAGUUUCGAAACUUAAAUUUGACGUCAACGGUAAUAUUUCAAGCGUUUAAACUCGGCAGCCCGCAACUCGUUACUCCUUCAUUCGUCAAAAGUCUAUUUUCUCCUCAAAGCCCGCGCAGCCAUUUAAGAGCCGCUGCAAGAAGCCCGAACAGACGACAUACAGCAGCAGAUAACAACAUGAGAGAGCUUGUUCAUAUCCAGGGAGGUCAGUGUGGAAACCAGAUCGGCGCAAAGUUCUGGGAAGUUAUCUCUGAUGAGCACGGAGUGGAUCCCACUGGUUCGUACCACGGCGAUUCGGAUCUUCAAUUAGAGCGCAUCAAUGUGUACUAUAAUGAAGCUACGGGUGGACGUUACGUUCCACGCGCCAUUUUGAUGGACCUGGAGCCUGGCACAAUGGACUCGGUCCGCGCCGGCCCAUAUGGUCAGCUUUUCCGCCCAGACAAUUUUGUUUUUGGCCAGACAGGCGCCGGUAACAAUUGGGCGAAAGGACAUUAUACCGAGGGUGCCGAGCUGAUUGAUUCCGUGCUAGACGUUGUCCGCAAGGAAGCAGAAAGUUGCGAUUGUCUUCAAGGUUUUCAAAUUACGCACUCACUUGGUGGUGGUACCGGCUCCGGAAUGGGCACACUUCUUAUUUCGAAAAUUCGGGAAGAGUAUCCCGACCGAAUCAUGUGCACCUACUCGGUGUGCCCAUCGCCUAAGGUAUCAGAUACGGUAGUAGAGCCUUACAAUGCCACAUUGUCGGUGCACCAGCUAGUCGAGAACGCUGAUGAAGUUAUGUGCUUAGACAACGAAGCUUUGUACGACAUUUGCUUUCGUACGUUAAAACUCACCACGCCUACUUACGGUGACUUGAAUCACUUGGUGUGUGCUGCCAUGUCUGGUAUUACCACAUGCUUGCGAUUUCCUGGUCAGCUAAAUUCAGACUUGCGGAAGUUGGCCGUCAAUCUGAUUCCAUUUCCCCGUCUUCAUUUUUUUAUGAUUGGUUUUGCACCUUUGACAUCACGUGGCUCGCAGCAGUAUCGUGCGUUGACAGUACCUGAGUUGACCCAGCAGCAGUUUGAUGCUAAAAACAUGAUGUGCGCCGCUGACCCUCGCCACGGUCGCUAUUUAACUGCCGCGUGUAUGUUUCGAGGGCGCAUGAGCACGAAGGAAGUUGAUGAGCAGAUGCUGAAUGUGCAAAACAAAAAUUCUUCUUAUUUCGUCGAGUGGAUUCCCAACAACAUCAAGGCGAGUGUGUGUGACAUCCCGCCUAAGGGUUUAAAAAUGAGCACCACGUUUAUUGGUAAUUCGACUGCUAUUCAGGAGAUGUUUAAGCGAGUGUCAGAACAGUUCACGGCAAUGUUCCGUCGUAAGGCUUUCUUGCAUUGGUACACUGGUGAGGGAAUGGACGAAAUGGAGUUUACUGAGGCUGAGUCCAACAUGAACGAUUUAGUUUCUGAAUACCAACAGUACCAAGAUGCCACCGCUGAGGAAGAGGGCGAGUUUGAUGAAGAUGAAGAGAUGGAUGAGAUGAUGUAG